CCGCACCGCGCUGGCAGAUGGAUCCAGACCGAUUCCCCACUUCUGUCUGCGUCCUGAUGGUGUGUCUUCUCGGAACGACGCGGCUCUCCAGCGUCGGCCACUGUGCAUGUCCAGAAAUUCCCAGAAGAAAUUUUACUUUGCAACCAGAAGCGGGAAACUGCUUCAAUGUUAGCUACAGAUAUCGCUACACGUGCAUUCCUGGUUACGUGAGGAGGGCCGGAACAUCAAAUCUCAUCAAGUGCAGUAAUCAUUUGCAGUGGACCACUACCAAAGUUCCACUGGAGUGUAUACCUCAUCCAGACUCGACUUCACACAUUCCAGGAACUACCACCAGCCAUCCGACUGGAAGAACCACUACUGAAACUACAAGCUCAGCUAAUAUGGAGCAAAGUACAUCAGGAACUGAAAACACAACCACAGUGGUUUCCUAUGAAACUCAGAACUCCACAUACUCACCAAGUAACCAUAGCAUCGAAAACAGCUCUAUAAAAGCAACCCACACAGAAACCUACACAGCAGCAGACGCCAAAGCAAUUGGCGUCAGUUUAUCUGUGGUGAUCCUAUUGGUUUCCAUGAGUGGCAUCAUCUUUGUACUAUAUCGAAGGAGAAAAAGACAGAGUCCCCCUCAGGAAACAGAGGAGAUGGAGCGAAUGAACAACCCCUCCGUGUUGUAAAAUUUGUACAGAGUUUUUCAGAGGAACUACAAAAAAAGAGGAAGGAAGAACGAGCAGCCUGUAUUUAAAAAUGAAUGUAGCCACUGUGAUAUCACCCUCAUGUUUGUGAAAUGCUGUGUUGAAGCCUGGAAUCUGCCAUCUUGUCACUUUAUUUAAACAAAGAGGGCAGAUUCCCUGUAAAUAUUUUAUCUUUAGCUAAGAUUUAUUCAACAUAUUCUGCUGGAUGUUAAAUCUCCAAAAGGAUUAGAGGAGACUGGAAUAAUUUGAGCCAAAUGGUAAGUUGAGUCAUCAGUUGUUUCUAGGAAACUUUAAAAAAAACCAAACAUUGAUCAUGUGACCAAAUAUGAGGAAGGCAUUCUUUAAUGAAGUUUAUGACUGUAAGAACGUCAUGAAGAAGUGACUACACCUUUAUUUCCCUUUACCUGCCGACGUUAAAAUUACUCUAAUCACUCCAGGGUGGAGCCGUAGCGUCGGCGCUAACGCCUUAAUAAGCGGGAUAAAAACAGUUUUUCCCACCUGAAAGUGAAUUUAGUCUAUCAUAAGUUUCAUAAAAAUUGUGUUUAGACCAAAGCAAAUAUUUUUAAUUUAGAUUUUUACAUCAAUUGAGCAACAAUAUGAAGUCAUAAAUCAAAGACAAUUUCAGAUCAAGUUCAAAUGCUAGCUUUGGGGUAGCAUUUCAACUGCUGGUGGAGAUGCUACCAUCAAACCACGAAUUUGAAAAAAGGAUUCAGUUCUAGUGCCUUUUUUUGCUCCAAAUUUUAAUGUUCACUUUCCAAGCACGCUUGAAAGCAUUCUGUUUUCUUUUCUUUCUUUCUUUCUUUCUUUCUUUUUUUUAAACUAAACAGCACGUUAUCUAUUGUAUCCAUUGAAUUGUGUACAACAACUACAGCCUAACUUAUCCUGCACCUAUGCUUGUUUUACCUCACACACGGGGUAAGUUGAGUCAUGAGAACUUUAAAAAAAAUUAAUUCUAUAAUAUCUAAAUAUUUUACACUAGAUCCGAUUAUUUUAAGGGAUGCAUAACAUCUUUAAAUAUAUGUAAAUAUAGAGGUUAAAGCUAAUAUAUCUGCCUUGAUGUAUUAGCUAAACAUGAAAAAUGUCUCUUCUUACCCCAGUCACUCCAAAGUACACAAACCAAAACCAUAACUACCCAUUAGAACUGCAUUAUCUUCUUAUAGGAAAAAAUGUUAAGUUUGAUUGUUUAUGUGAGUGACAAAUAGUAGAUGGUUUUAUACAAUGUUCAAACGUAGGAUCUCAAUCCGUGUGACUUUAGCGAUAUAAAAGAAACUUUGAUGCUGCUAAUCCAUCUGGCCAGCCAGAGACAGCCCAAGAUCAUAUGGGGCCCUGAGCAGAAUUUGAUUUGGACCCCCUCUAAUAAAUAAACUUCAUGGAUUUUUUUGUUGUUAGGUUUUUAUGAAGGGAGAAAAAUAAUUUUCUCAACUCUCAUGUUAUUCACAUCAUAUUUAUUGCAUUGCACAAAAGGAAGUAAACUGUUAUCUCACUGACCUGCAGGUACAGCGUGCAUGAAAUGUAACUCUUGCAUAAAAACAGCAGUUGAGAGCUUCCCCACAGCAUGACACCUCCACUGUCUUGUUUCACCACAAUUUAAAAGAAAUAAACUUCUAUUUUGGUC